GGCAUCCGGGAUCUGGCGCGGCCUUUGCUUGUAGCUCCAGCCAGAGCUCGGUUAGGGCCUCAUCGCUCUGCUCCCGCUCCUUAGGGAAGCCUGGGUGAUUCUGCCACAGCCUCAGCCUCUGUGGCUCUGUGAGCUGCCGGUAUUGGAUGAUUCGUAUCUAAGACUCUGGGACACUCCUGAAGUCGGGAAAUGACGGAGUCUUCACUGUGUCGCCAGGCUGGAGUGCAGUAGUGCGAUCUCGGCUCACCGCAUUCUCCACCUCCCAGGUUCAAGCGAUUCACCUGCCUCAGCCUCCUGAGUAGCUGGGAUUACAGACGCGCCACCACACUCAGCUAAUUUUUUUGUAUUUUUAGUAGAGACGGGGUUUCGCCAUGUUGGCCAGGAUGGUCUCCAUCCUCUGACCUCAUGAUCCACCGGCCUCAGCCUCCCAAAGUGCUGGGAUUAUAGGCGUGAGCCACCGCGCCUGGCUGAAAACUUUUCUUUUAGUCAUAUUUUCCAUGCACUGUUUAGAAGUACCGGACGUUAUAUACAAAGUGCCCACCAGGCUUCACUUGAGAGAAAAACCUUUGUUCUCAGGAUUUCAGCCACAACCCACAAUUGUAUGACAAAGUGCAGCAAGGUGCUCCCCAAAUCUGCAAACAAAAUAGUCUCUCUAUUUGGGAUCUACAGUCCCUUCUAGAGCAGUUAGACUAGAUUUCUACAAAAAUCACUUCAGGACAGCAAUCAGUUAUUUCACCUCCUUCAGUGCUCCUGUCAUCUUCAGAUCUGACACGGAUUCAGAGAUCACGGGGCCCAUAAACCCAACCAGGAUCAUACAUGUGCAUUGAUUAAACUUGAGAACUUCAGUUCUCUCCCUCCUCCCUUUGCCCAAAUGCCCACAAAUGUGCAUAGCUCACCAGCCCUCCAAGACCUAAAUGUGCAGUUCCAAAUUCUGAAUUUAUUUUCUGGGAUUUGAGAGAAGAAAAGAACUUUUAUUUGAGAAAUACAUGUUCUUUUAAUGAUCAGACCCAGAAACUGGUUAAAAUGAGACCACAGUGAUGUACUGUUCCCGUCUUUGAACUAUUUGUCUUUUGAAAUUGCUUGCUAUUGGCACAAGUGGCUAUAAAUUAACCUAAUAAUGCCACACUGGACACUAUAAUCCACACCCAAUAGCUUAAUAAUGUAUAUAACCAAUCACUAACCGAUGUUACUUCUGUAAAUAAGAAUUCCUGACAACUUUCUAUCCUGCCUGCCUUUUUGCCUUUACAAAUAUACUUGUAAUUGGAGUGUAUAUUCAGGUAGCUCUAUACUCCAGGAUUGCAGUCUUCAAGCUUUGGCCCCAGAAAACUCUCUACUUAUAUUAUGUUUAUCCCAGCAUUUCCUUUUAGGUCAAAAUAUUCUUAAGAAUGUGUUGAAGGAGCCUCCAUGAGGUGAUCUCUCCUCUGGUUUUACUCUGCUUACUCUAACCCCUAAGAAUGUAGAGGCACAUUGAUCCCACCUAGAAUCUGCAUACAAAAGUUGGCCUCUGCCUGGGAUUCCCAACACUGGACCAGACUUUGGGUUGAAGACAUACGAAAAACUCACAGAAGACAUUUUCUGCAUCAUGUGAGGUCAAUGUAGACAUCUUAAGCCCCAUUUUUAGAGUGGAGCCCUUUGAGUUUUCCAGAUCUUGUUCAGUGACCUGCUACAGCUGUGUGAGAGGCUUCUGAUGGGAACAGAAUCCUGUGGCAGAAUCUUUAAGUGUAAACAAGCAUCUUAGCAGUGGGAGGAACUCUUAACAUUCAAGGAUGUGGCCAUAGAAUUCUCUCCAGAAGAGUGGAAAUGUCUGGACCCUUCCCAGCAGAAUUUAUAUAGAGAUGUGAUGUUGGAGAACUACAGAAACCUGGUCUCCCUGGGUGUUACUAUCUCUAACCCAGACCUGGUCACCUGUCUGGAGCAAAGAAAAGAGCCCUACAAUUUGAAGAUACAUGAGACAGCAGCCAGUCCCCCAGCUGUGUGUUCUCAUUUCACCCCAAACCUUUGGACAGUGCAGGGCAUAGAAGAUUCAUUCCACAAACUUAUACCAAAAGGACAUGAGAAACGUGGACAUGAGAAUUUAAGAAAAACUUGUGAAAGUGUGAAUGAGUGUAAGGUGCAGAAAGGUGGUUAUAAUAGAAUUAACCAAUGCUUAUUAACUACCCAGAGCAAAAUAAUUCAAUCUAAUAUAUGUGUCAAAGUUUUUCAUAAAUUUUCAAAUUCAAACAAAGAUAAGAUAAGAUAUACUGGAGAUAAAACCUUUAAAUGUAAAGAAUGUGGCAAAUCAUUUCACGUGCUCUCACGCCUAACUCAACACAAAAGAAUUCAUACUGGAGAGAACCCCUACACAUGUGAAGAAUGUGGCAAAGCCUUUAAUUGGUCCUCAAUUCUUACUAAACAUAAGAGAAUUCAUGCAAGAGAGAAAUUCUACAAGUGUGAAGAAUGUGGUAAAGGCUUUACUCGGUCCUUACACCUUACUAAACAUAAGAGAAUUCAUACUGGAGAGAAACCCUACAUAUGUGAAGAAUGUGGUAAAGCUUUUAACCAAUCCUCAACCCUUAAUUUACAUAAGAGAAUUCAUUCUGCACAAAAAUACUACAAAUGUGAAGAAUGUGGUAAAGCCUUUAAGUGGUCCUCAUCCCUUAAUGAACAUAAGAGAAUUCAUGCUGGAGAGAAACCCUUCUCAUGCGAAGAAUGUGGCAAUGUCUUUACCACAUCCUCAGACUUUGCUAAACAUAAGAGAAUUCAUACAGGAGAGAAACCCUACAAAUGUGAAGAAUGUGGAAAAUCCUUUAAUAGGUCCACAACUCUUACGACACAUAAGAGAAUCCAUACUGGAGAGAAACCCUACACAUGUGAAGAAUGUGGAAAAGCCUUUAAUUGGUCCUCAACCCUUAAUGUACACAAGAGAAUUCACUCUGGAAAAAAUCCCUACAAAUGUGAAGAUUGUGGCAAAGCCUUUAAAGUGUUUGCAAACCUGCAUAAUCAUAAGAAAAUUCAUACUGGAGAGAAACCCUACAUAUGUAAACAAUGUGGCAAAGCCUUUAAACAGUCCUCACACUUGAAUAAACAUAAGAAAAUUCACACCGUAGAUAAACCCUACAAAUGUAAAGAAUGCGGGAAAGCUUUUAAGCAGUACUCCAACCUUCCUCAACAUAAGAGAACUCAUACUGGAGGAAAAUUUUAGAAAUGUGAAGAAUGUGGGAGCCUUUAAGUCUUCCUCAGUCUUUUCUAAUCAUAAUUCAUACUGGAGAGAAACUCUACACGUGAAAAAAUUGACAAAGCUUUUAACCACAACUCAAUCUGUUCUAAACAUAAGAGAAAUGGUAUUGGUGAGAAGCCAUAAAAAUAUGAAAAAUGUGGAAAAGCCUUCAAAUGCUUGUCACAUCUUACUGAAUAUAAUUCUUACUGCAGAAAACCCCUAGGAAUAUUAAAAGUGUGGCAAAACCUUUAACCAAUGCUCAUAUCUCUUUGCACAUGAUAGCAUUUAUACUUGAGAAAAAUUGUACAAAUAUAGAAAAUGUAGAAAAGCCAUUAAUGCCUACUCAUGUGUUACUAAAUAUCAGAGAGUUUGUACUUAAUAAAAGGAUUAUAAAUGUAGUAUUUGUUGAAAGACCUAUUAGAAAAUACAGGUCUUAAAAGUGAAGAACAGUGUUCUGAAGAUAGACAAUACAAAUAGUAAGAGGGUUGUAGUACCUGUACUUGCAUCAUGGGUCUUAUUGUGCAUAUUUCUUACUAGAAGAAAACCCUGAAGCAGUUGCCCAAACUUUCUUUGACAUUAGAGAAUUUAUAUUGGAAAGAAAUUUUACAAAUGUAAUAAAUUUGGAAAAGCAUUUGUUCAAAAACUAUAGCUUAAAAAAACAGUUUAUACCAGAAGAUAUUUUGUAGAUGUGGUAAAUAUGAAAAGAUACUCAGUCUGAAAUUAAGACUAAAUGUCAGAAUAUUUACAGUAGAAAGAAGGCAUUAACACUUGAAACAUCACAGUAUAUCAGAGUGUAAAGUAUAAAAAAAUUCCAAAGCUGAAACUGUUAGAUAAUUUCUUUCUAUAUAAGUUGAAAAGGAGUAGCUUUUUGAAGUUAUUCCAUUGAAAUUAUACUUUUUUUACUUGAAAAAAUUAUAGAUUUUUUGAAAAGCAAAUUCAACUCUAAAAUUACUUCAUACUGAUUCAGCUUAUUGUUUAUAUGAAAGCAUGUGAUGAAUUGUUGCAUCAGAGGUAUGAGUGAUUCUUUUUAGGUGGGCAUCAUUCAUGAACUUUUACAUGAAUGAGUAAGGACAUUGAAAGAUGCAUGAGAUGAUGCAUGCAUCUUUGUGAUUGACUUAUAUCAUUGCAUGAUGCAUGAGGUACAUGUUCAGAGUAAUAUUCUUCUGCAUUAUAGUGAGAGAAAAAUCUGAAUUUUAGUAAUAAAUUGCUUUUACCAGUUGCACAUUUAUGUAAUAAAAUACAGUAAAUUUUAAAAUUCUCUUUUAAGAUUGUGUGUGAAAUUUACUCAAGGGUGUAGGUAAAAAAUGGUAACAGUAUACUUUUAGUAACAUAGUUUAAUGACAUUUCUAGUAAUUUCUUUUUCCAGUGGCUUUAAACAGCAAAUAAAUUGAAGAAUAUUGUUCUCAUGUUAAAUUUUUAUUAUUUUUCAUAUUUAAAUUUAUUUUUAAAAAUUUAUGUGGGUACAUGGUAUGUGUAUACAUCAUGGCAUAUAUGGGUUACUUUGAUACAGACAUGCAACAUGUAAUCACAUCAGAGUAAAUGAGUUAUUCAUCACCUCAAGCAUUUAUCCUUUGUAUUACAAACAAUCCAAUUAUACACUUCAUUUUUAAAUGUACAAUUAAAUUAUUUUUUAUUACAGGUAAUUUUAUGAUUGUAUUUAGAAUUAUAUCAGAAUAUAAUUAUAAUUUAGACAUUUCUGUGUCCUGAAUAAAUAUGUUUUUAAAUGUUCCAUAUUUUUCUUUGGACAUUUGGCAUCUCUUCUGGCAAACAUGUACAGACUUCUAGUUUUGAUUUACAUGGAGAUAAAUAUAUAAACAUAUUGCUCUAAGAUAAACCUUAGGUGUAAAAAAAUUGUAGACCAAGCAACUGUGUUUGGAAAUUUGUACCUGUUUUCCAAAGGAAAUAUCAAAAUUGGGACAAAAAAUAUUCUUUUAAUAAUAUAUAUAACUUACUAGAAACAUAAAAACCUAAAAUAUUCUGGAAUCAAAUCUACACUAUAUUCUUUGUAUUUAAUUAAUUGCUGUAGAAUCUAAUGGAUCAUUGUUGAGAAUCUCCUUGUGCAAAUUAUCUGUUUUGUCUUGUACUCAUGCUAGUGAUAUAAUUCACUUGUUUCUCGUAGUUUUUUGUUUUAACUUCAUUAAGUAUUUAUUGUGUGAGCUGGUCAGAAAUUAUAAGAAUGAUUUUUAUAAAGUUUAGUAGAGCCCACAAAAUAAAUUUAAGAUGUUCACAAUGUGUGUAUUAAGUAACAUUUAGUUAGAACAUUUUGUUUAAUUGGGGAACCAUAUAUAAGCUGUUUAGUUAUUGUUCCUUUCACUUUUUAUACUCAACAUAAUUGAGUUUAUUUAUUGGGCCAAUUCAAGUAAGUACUGGGAACACUUUAUAACUUAUGAGGAUGUUUUGAUAUGUAAUUGCAGUGAACAAACAUAAGAAAGUGAUGGGUGUGUAAUAGAUGCUCCAUAAUUAGGUAUAAAUAUUUUUCUGGAGUUUAUUUGUAGGUCCAAGUAAGAGAUUGAAAAUAUCUGUGGUGAAGAAAUGGUAUUAAUUCUGUAUGUUAAGAGGACAUCUGUUCCCAGGCUGUAAAAGUGACUCAUUCUGAAUUUAAAGAAGAUUUCAGUGUUUAUAUUCUAAUCAUCUUCAGUUUUUUUAUGUCUUUAUGUGUUCAUCCCCAGCUGUGUGUGCCUCACAGCCCUUCUCCUGAUUUGUGUUAGUUUUUUCACUGUUCUCUUCAUGCCAUGUAAUUUCACAUGGAUUUUCUAGGUUCUCAUGAAAAGUUUGGAUUUGUUUUAAUGUGGUAGAUUAUUGUUUUUAAGUGGGGUGUUUGAGGGUAUUUAUAGCUUAUCAAUGCAACAUUUAGAUUACUUAAGAGUCAUUUACUGUUCACAUGUAAAAGGAUUAAGGCAGUCAGCAUUGUUUUUCUCUGUAAAAGAAAAAUUUUAUGAAAUUCUAAACAAAGUAUGUUAAAUGAAACAUAAGCUAGAAUCGGUAAAGCAUUAAUAUGGGUGGGUUGCAUAUUGUAAGCAUCGUAUGAAGAAACUCAUCCAAAUUUUGAAAUCUCUUAGAAGAAAAUGUCUUAGAAAUAAAUUUCUAGGCUGGGUACAGUGGCUCACACCUGUAAUCCCAGCACUUUGGGAAGCUGAGGUGGGUGGAUAACCUGAGGUCAGGAGUUCGAGGCCAGCCUGGCCAACAUGGCAAAACCCCGUUUCUACUAAAAAUACAAAAAUUAGCCAGUUGUGAUGGUGGGUGCCUGUAAUCUAAGCUACUUGGGAGGCUGAGGCUGGAGAAUUGCUUGAACCCGGGAGGUGGAGGUUGCAGUGAGCUGAGAUGGCGCCACUGCACUCCAGCCUGGGUGACAGAGCGAGACUCAGUGUCAAAAGAAGGAAAUUUCUUGGAGACAGUGAUAGGUGAGUUAUUUUACAUUCUUUUUUUUUUAUUAUUAUACUUUAAGUUUUAGGGUGCAUGUGCACAACGUGCAGGCUAGUUACAUAUGUAUACAUGUGCACAUGUGCCAUGUUGGUGUGCUGCACCCAUUAACUUGUCAUUUAAUAUUAGGUAUAUCUCCUAAUGCUAUCCCUCCCCCCCUCCCCCAACCCCACAGCAGGCCCCAGUGUGUGAUGUUCCCCUUCCUGUGUCCAUGAGUUCUCACUGUUAAAUUCCCACCUAUGAGUAAGAACAUGCAGUGUUUGGUUUUUUGUCCUUGCAAUAGUUUGCUGAGAAUGAUGGUUUCAGGCUUCAUCCAUGUCCCUACAAAGGACAUGAACUCAUCAUUUUUUUAUGGCUGCAUAGUAUUCCAUGGUGUAUAUGUGCCACAUUUUCUUAAUCCAGUCUACAUUGUUGGACAUUUGGGUUGGUUCCAAGUCUUUGCUAUUGUGAAUAGUGCCGCGAUAAACAUAUGUGUGCAUGUGUCUUUAUAGCAGCAUGAUUAAUAAUCUUUCGGGUAUAUACCCAGUAAUGGGAUUGCUGGGUCAAAUGGUAUUUCUAGUUCAAGAUCCCUGAGGAAUCGCCACAUUGACUUCCACAAUGGUUGAACUAGUUUACAGUCCCACCAACAGUGUAAAAGUGUUCCUAUUUCUCCACAUCCUCUCCAGCACCUGUUGUUUUCUGACUUUUUAAUGAUCGCCAUUCUAACUGGUGUGAGGUGUUAUCUCAUUGUGGUUUUGAUUUGCAUUUCUCUGAUGGCCAGUGAUGAUGAGCAUUUUUUCAUGUGUCUUUUGGCUGCAUAAAUGUCCUCUUUUGAGAAGUGUCUUUUCAUAUCCUUCACCCACUUUUUGAUGGGGCUGUUUGUUUUUUUUCUUGUAAAUUUGUUUGAGUUCUUUGUAGAUUCUGGAUAUUAGCACUUUGUCAGAUGGGUAGAUUGCAAAAAUUUUCUCCUAUUCUGUAGGUUGCCUGUUCACUCUGAUGGUAGUUUCUUUUGCUGUGCAGAAGCUCUUUAGUUUAAUUAGAUCCCAUUUGUCAAUUUUGGCUUUUGUUGCCAUUGUCUUUGGUGUUUUAGACAUGAAGUCCUUGCCCAUGCCUGUGUCCUGAAUGGUAUUGCCUAGGUUUUCUUCUAGGGUUUUUAUGGUUUUAGGCUAACAUUUAAGUCUUUAAUCCAUCUGGAAUUAAUUUUUGUAUAAGGUGUAAGGAAGGGAUCCAGUUUCAGCUUUCUACAUAUGGCCAGCCAGUUUUCCCAGCACCAUUUAUUAAAUAGGGAAUCCUUUCCCCAUUUCUCGUUUUUGUCAGGUUUGUCAAAGAUCAGGUGGUUGUAGAUAUGUGGCAUUAUUUCUGAGGGCUCUGUUCUGUUCCAUUGGUCUAUAUCUCUGUUUUGGUACCAGUACCAUGCUGUUUUGGUUACUAUAACCUUGUAGUAUAGUUUGAAGCCAGGUAGUGUGAUGCCCCCAGCUUUGUUCUUUUGGCUUAGGAUUGCUUUGCAAUGUGUGCUCUUUUUUGGUUCCAUAUGAACUUUAAAGUAGUUUUUUCCAAUUCUGUGAAAAAAGUCAUUGGUAGCUUGAUGGGGAUGGCAUUGAAUCUGUAAAUUACCUUGGGCAGUAUGGCCAUUUUCAUGAUAUUGAUUCUUCCUACCCAUGAGCGUGGAAUGUUCUUCCAUUUGUUUGUAUCCUGUUUUAUUUCAUUGAGCAGUGGUUUGUAGUUCUCCUUGAAGAGGUCCUUCACAUCCCUUGUAAGUUUGAUUCCUAGGUAUUUUAUUGUCUUUGAAGCAAUUGUGAAUGGGAGUUCACUCAUGAUUUGGCUCUCUGUUUGUCUGUUAUUGGUGUAUAAGAAUGCUUGUGAUUUUUGCACAUUGAUUUUGUAUCCUGAGACUUUGCUGAAGUUGCCUAUCAGCUUAAGGAGAUUUUGGGCCUGAGACAAUGGGGUUUUCUUGAUAUACAAUCUUGUCAUCUGCAAACAGGGACAAUUUGACUUCUCUUUUCCUAAUUGAAUACGCUUUGUUUCUUUCUCCUGCCUGAUUGCCCUGGCCAGAACUUCCAAUACUGUGUUGAAUCGGAGUGGUGAGAGAGGGCAUCCCUGUCUUGUGCCAGUUUUCAAAGGGAAUGCUUCCCUUUUUUGCCCAUUCCGUAUGAUAUUGGCUGUGUGUUUGUCAUAGAUAGCUCUUAUUAUUUUAAGAUACGUCCCAUCAAUACCUAAUUUAUUGAGAGUUUUUAGUAUGAAGGUUGUUGAAUUUUCUCAAACGCCUUUUCUGCAUCUAUUGAGAUAAUCAUAUGGUUUUUGUCAUUGGUUCUGUUUAUAUGCUGGAUUACGUUUAUUGAUUUUCAUAUGUUGAACCAGCCUUGCAUCCCAGGGAUGAAGCCCACUUGAUCAUGGUGGAUAAGCUUCUUGAUGUGCUGCUGGAUUCGGUUUGCCAGUAUUUUAUUGAGGAUUUUCACAUUGAUGUUCAUCAGGGAUAUUGGUCUAAAAUUCUCUUUUUUUGUUGUGUCUCUGCCAGGCUUUGGUAUCAGGAUGAUGCUGGCCUCAUAAAAUUUAGUUAGGGAGGAUUCCCUCUUUUUCUAUUGAUUGGAAUAGUUUCAGAAGGAAUGGUACCAGAUCCUCCUUGUACCUCUGGUAGAAUUUGGCUGUGAAUCCAUCUGGUCCUGGACUUUUUUUUGGUUGGCAAGCUAUUAAUUAUUGCCUUAAUUUCAGAGCCUGUUAUUGGUCUAUUCAGAGAUUCAACUUCUUCCUAGUUUAGUCUUGGGAGGGUGUAUGUGUUGAGGAAUUUAUCCAAUUCUUCUAGAUUUUCUAGUUUAUUUGCAUAGAGGUGUUUAUAGUAUUCUCUGAUGCUAGUUUAUAUUUCUGUGGGAUCGGUGGUAAUAUCCCCUUUAUCAUUUUUUAUUGCAUCUAUUUGAUUCUUCUCUCUUUUCUUCUUUAUUAGUCUUGCUAGUGGCCUAUCAAUUUUGUUGAUCUUUUCAAAAAAACCAGCUCCUGGAUUCAUUGAUUUUUUGAAGGGCUUUUUGUGUCUCUAUCUCCUUCAAUUCUGCUCUGAUCUUAGUUAUUUCUUGCCUUCUGCUAGUUUUUGAAUGUGUUUGCUCUUGGUUCUCUAGUUCUUUUAAUUGUGAUGUUAGGGUGUCAAUUUUAGAUCUGUCCUGCUUUCUCUUGUGGGCAUUUAGUGCUAUAAAUUUCCCUCUACACACUGCUUUGAAUGUGUCCCAGGGAUUCUGGUAUGUUGUGUCUUUGUUCUCACUGGUUUCAAAGAACAUCUUUAUUUCUGCCUUCAUUUCAUUAUGUACCCAGUAGUCAUUCAGGAGCAGGUUGUUCAGUUUCCAUGUAGUUGAGCAGUUUUGAGUAAGUUUCUUAAUCCUGAGUUCUAGUUUGAUUGCACUGUGGUCUGAGAGACAGUGUUAUAAUUUCUGUUCCUUUACAUUUGCUGAGGAGUGCUUUACUUCCAACUAUGUGGUCGAUUUUGGAAUCAGUGCAGUGUGGUGCUGAGAAGAAUGUAUAUUCUGUUGAUUUGGGGUGGAGAGUUCUGUAGAUGUCUAUUAGGUCUGGUUGGUGCAGGGCUGUGUUCAAUUCCUGGAUAUCCUUGUUAACUUUCUGUCUCGUUGAUCUGUCUAAUAUUGACAGUGGGGUAUUAAAGUCUCCCAUUAUUAUUGUGUGGGAGUCUAAGUCUCUUUCUAGGUCUCUAAGGACUUGCUUUAUGAAUCUGGGUGCUCCUGUAUUGGGUGCAUAUAUAUUUAGGAUAGUUAGUUCUUCUUGUUGAAUUGAUCCCUUUACCAUUAUGUAAUGGCCUUCUUUGUCUCUUUUGCUCUUUGUUGGUUUAAAGUCUGUUUUAUCAGAGACUAGGAUUGCAACCCCUGCCUUUUUUUGUUUUCCAUUUGCUUGAUAGAUCUUCCUCCAUCCCUUUAUUUUGAGCCUGUGUGUGCCUCUGCACGUGAGAUGGGUUUCCUGAAUACAGCACACUGAUGGGUCUUGACUCUUUAUCCAGUUUGCCAGUCUGUGUCUUUUAAUUGGAGUAUUUAGCCCAUUUACAUUUAAGGUUAAUAUUGUUAUGUGUGAAUUUGAUCCUGUCAUUAUGAUGUUAGCUGGUUAUUUUUCUUGUUAGUUGAUGCAGUUUCUUCCUAGCCUCAAUGGUCUUUACAAUUUGGCAUGUUUUUGCUGUGGCUGGUACCGGUUAUUCCUUUCCAUUUUUAGUGCUUCCUUCAGGAGCUCUUUUAGGGCAGGCCUGGUGGUGACAAAAUCUCUCAGCAUUUGGUUGUCUGUAAAGUAUUUUAUUUCUCCUUCACUUAUGAAGCUUAGUUUGUCUGGAUAUGAAAUUCUAAGUUGAAAAUUCUUUUCUUUAAGAAUGUUGAAUAUUGGCCCCCACUCUCUUCUGGCUUGUAGAGUUCCUGCCGAGAGAUCAGUUGUUAGUCUGAUGGGCUUCCCUUUGUGGGUAACCCGACCUUUCUCUCUGGCUGCCCUUAACAUUUUUUCCUUCAUUUCAGCUUCGGUGAAUCUGACAAUUAUGUGUCUUGGAGUUGCUCCUCUUGAGGAGUAUCUUUGUGGCGGUCUCUGUAUUUCCUGAAUUUGAAUGUUGGCCUUCCUUGCUAGAUUGGGGAAGUUCUCCUGGAUAAUAUCCUGCAGAGUGUUUUCCAACUUGGUUCCAUUCUCCCCGUCACUUUCAGGUACACCAAUCAGACGUAGAUUUGGUCUUUUCACAUAGUCCCAUAUUUCUUGGAGGCUUUGUUCAUUUCUUUUUAUUCUUUUUUCUCUAAACUUCUCUUCUCGCUUCAUUUCAUUUAUUUCAUCUUCCAUCACUGAUACCCUUUCUUCCAGUUGAUUGAAUCAGCUACUGAGGCUUGUGCAUUCGUCAUGUAGUUCUCAUGCCUUGGUUUUCAGCUCCAUCAGGUCCCUUAAGGACUUCUCUGCAUUGAUUAUUCUAGUUAGCCAUUCGUCUAAUUUUUUUUCAAGGUUUUUAACUUCUUUGCCAUGGGUUCGAACUUCCUCCUUUAGUUUGGAGUAGUUUGAUCAUCUGAAGCCUUCUUGUCUCAACUCAUCAAAGUCAUUCUCUGUCCAGCUUUGUUCCAUUGCUGGUGAGGAGCUGCGUUCCUUUGGAGGGCAGAGGCACUCUGAUUUUUAGAGUUUCCAGUUUUUCUGCUCCGUUUUUUCCCCAUCUUUGUGGUUUUAUCUACCUUUGGUCUUUGAUGAUGGUGAUGUACAGAUGGGGUUUUGGUGUGGAUGUCCUUUCUGUUUGUUAGUUUUCCUUCUAACAGUCAGGACCCUCAGCUUCAGGUCUGUUGGAGUUUGCUGGAGGUCCACUCCAGACCCUCUUUGCCUGGGUAUCAGCAGCAGAGGCUGCAGAACAGCGGAUAUUGGUGAACAGCAGAUGUUGCUGCCUGAUCCUUCCUCUGGAAGUUUUGUCUCAGAGGAGUACCCAGCCAUGUCAGGUGUCAGUCUACCCCUACUGGGGGGUGCCUCCCAGUUAGGCUACUUGGGAGUCAGGGACGCACUUGAGGAGGCACUCUGUCUGUUCUCAGAUGUCCAGCUGCAUGCUGGGAGAACCACUGCUCUCUUCAAGGCUGUCAGACAGGGACGUUUAAGUCUGCAGAGGAUUCUGCUGCCUUUUGUUUGGCUUCACCCUGCCCCCCAGAGGUGGAGUCUACAGAGGCAGGCAGGCCUCCUUGAACUGCGGUGGGCUCCACCGAGUUCGAGUUUCCUGGCCGCUUUGUUUGCCCCCUCAAGCCUCGGCAAUGGUGGGCACCCCUCCCCCAGCCUCACUGCCACCUUGCAGUUUGAUCUCAGACUGCUGUGCUAGCAAUGAGUGAGGCUCUGUGGGUGUAGGACCCUCUGAGCCAGGCAUGGGAUAUAAUCUCCUGGUGUACGAUUUGCUAAGGCCAUUGGAAAAGCGUAGUAUUAGGGUGGGAAUGACCCAAUUUUCCAGGUGCCAUCUGUCACCCCUUUCUUUGACUAGGAAAGGGAAUUCCCUGACCCCUUGUGCUUCCCGGCUGAGGCAAUGCCUCGCCCUGCUUCAGCUCACGCUUGGUGUGCUGCACCCACUGUCUUGCACCCACUUUCCAACACUCCCCAGUGAGAUGAACCCGGUACCUCAGUUGGAAAUGCAGAAAUCACCCGUCUUCUGCGUCGCUCACGCUGGGAGCUGUAGACUGGAGCUGUUCCUAUUUGGCCAUCUUGGCUCCACCUGUCGAGAUAUUUUACAUUAACUUUCUAUGACAUACUUAUAGCAAAACUUAUUUUUUCAUGCAGAAUAGUCUAUAUUCUAUAUUUAUUGUAAAGCAUAUACCGUACAUGGUGACUAGUCACCAUGCUGUACAGUAAAUUUUCUGAACUUAGUCAACUGUAUUUAUAAUUAUUUUACAGAGAUUUCUCCAAAUGCCUCUUUUUUUCUGAAUAAACAAGCAUCCAGUAACCAGCAUUUUGCCGUCUGGAUUAUUUCACUUGGCAUAAUGUCCUCUAAAUUUAUCCAUAUUGUUUCAAAUGACAAGAUUUUUUCUCUUUUAUUGCCAAGUAGUAUUUCAUUGUGUGUAACACAUUUUUAAAAAUUUAAAUAUAUAGUCAUCUAUUGGUUGAAAAACUCAUGUAAUGAAAAUACAUUUGUGUUAAAGCAUGUAUUAAUGUAAUUCAGCAUGUAAAAUUUUAUUAAUCAUAGCUAAUUUGUACCAAACACUAACCAAAACUCUAUGUGUGUUAGUAAAUUUAAUUCUCACAGUAACUCAAUAACAUAGGUACUUAUUUUACAGGGAAAGAUACAGAGCCACAGAGAAAAAUGACUUGGUCACAUUGCAAAACCAGUAUUAAAACACAAGCAACUUUGACUUCAGAAGUAACUUUUGUCUAUUACAGUAAACACCUUCUUCAAACAAAAUAAAUGAUUAACAACCAUUCUUAGUAAAAAUUUAACAAAAAUGGAAACAACUGAUACUUUUUUUUCUUAUACAUGUGUGUGUAAAUGUAUAAAACAUGAUACAUACCAGGUGUGGUGACUCUCACCUGUAAUCCCAGCAUGUUGGGAGGCUGAAACGGGUGGAUCACAAGGUCAAGAGAUUGAGACCAUCCUGGCCAACAUGGUGAAACUCCAUCUCUACUAAAAUUAGAUGGCCGUGGUGGGGUGCACCUGUAGUCCCAGCUACUCAGGAGGCUGAGGCAGGAGAAUCGCUUGAACCUGGGAGGUGUAGGUUGCAGUGAGCCAAGAUUAUGCCACUGCACUGCAGCCUGAUGACAGAGUGAGACUCCAUCUUAAAAAAAUAAAUAAAAUAAAAAUAAUAUGAUACACAAAGGAGAAAUACUUCCUGUAUUUAUACCAUAUAAACUCUAGAAAUUGCCCUUUGGUACUGACGUGUACUUGGGAACAACUUUUUUUUUCAACUGCCCUUCCCCACCCCUCCAGCAACUCAGUACUUAUAGCAUAAUUUUAAACUAAACCUGUAGUCAGCAAAUGCUGUAAUGUAAUUAAAUAUUAUUUACUACAAACACAAGCAGUAUACUAUGAUUUUAUUACCUUCGUUAAUACAAAUUUAUUUAUUGAGCUAUUUCACUCGUUUAGUUUCCAUUGUGCCCAUUUCUCAGCUUUGCUGAAAUACUACUACUUAUAAUUAUUUCCACCAAAAUCAUUUUCUAUUUGUUUAUAAAACUUUAAAUUUUUAAUCUUUGGGAACCUCAGCUCAGCAGUCAGAGCUCUUAGUCCUGACAAGAGCCCUAGAACUAGGAAAGAAACCAAUAGUUACUAUUUAUACAGAGUUCAAAUGUGCCCUUUUAGUUUUCCACACUUAUACAGCCAUCUGAAAAGAAAAAGGAAUUUUUGACAGCAAAGGAUACUUCUGUUAAAUAUGGGUCGCAGGUUUUUACCCUAUCCCAGGCUGUCCACCUACUACAAAAGUAGCUGUAGUUCAUUGGUGGGGCUACCAGAAGGGCCAAGAUAAAAUUGCCCAGAGAAACAGGAGGGCUGACCAAGCAGCUAGGGCCACCACCUGCAGAGUCCAUCCCACAGAAUUUGGCUGAGCGAGGGAUGAAAGAAGUAUGCAGACACAGGUAUUUUACCUAACAGUGCAGCUAGGGGACUGUACCACUUAUCACCACCUAUGAGAAUGCAGCCGUGAUAAGCCAUUGAUGCUCGCAUUUGUUUACUACAGAUGUAAUGACAAAGGCUUGGAACAAACACAAUUUAUGGGUAAUAAACAUCAUAGGCCCCCAAGUAGAGAGCAGUCCUGCACGUGAAUGAUCAAAGGUCAGUUUUAGGAGAUCAGUUUUGGGACAACAUGAAUAAACAAGCUAUUUAGAUAAACUCCUCUACAUUCCUUUGUAUCUACUCCUCACCCUUUGCCCUAGGGUAAGGACAGCUGCCUUCAGCUCAUUCUUGCCCGAAGCUUUGCAAAACCUCCCGGCCUUCCAAGAAGGUUUGUGUCUUUCCCUAUAACUUUUUCUUACAAAUUUUUCCACCACCCUGACCAAUCUUCAACCACCCUCUCUGGGAACGUUUUGUGGCCCUUAUUCCAACUUUGUCUAACAACCUCCCCAUCCUGCAAUAUGCUCACAAGAAAAAGAAAUGGGUUAUCAAAUGUGAAUAUAUCCUAAAACAUUUAAGGUUGUAUAAAUUGGGAGCGGUUCUCUGUCUUCCCAGGCCCUCCAACAGGAAGUAAUAAGGGCACUCCAUAAUUCUUGUCACUUUGGGAGAGACCAUCUCCAUCAGCUGUGAAAAAUAUUUUUGUCAAGUUUGUAAAGCCUAUCCGUCUUGUGUCUGUAAUAAUCCUGGACGCCCUAAGCCACUCUAAUUAAUUCAGCCUGUUCAGCAACAAGAAACCUACCUAGCAGGAAGACUGGCAGAUAGACUUCACUUAAUUGUCAGCCUGUCGAGGCUAUAACUACCUUCUGAUCUUCGGGGACACCUUUACCGGCUGGGUUGAAGAAUCUCAUGGUAGAAUAGAAAAAAUUCAAGUAAUUACCAAGGCCCUUCUCAAAUAAAUUAUCUCUUGAUUUGGGCGUCCACGGUCUUCACAAAGUAACAAAGGUUCAUAUUUUAUUUUACACACUACCCAGUUAGUGGCAAAAGCCCUAGGGAUAAAAUACUUCUUACAGUCCUCCUGAAGGCCAUAACCUUCUGGGAAUGUAGAAAGAACUAAUCGAGCUAUUAAAAGCACCCUGAGCAAAUGAUGCCAGGAAAACCUCUUUACCAUGGCUAGAACUUCUGCCCAUGGCAUUUUGCAGAUCAGAACAGCCCCUAAAUUACAUCUAUGCCUUAGUGUUAUUGAAAUCCUAUAUGAGAUCCUUUCUACUUGCAAACUUAACAUUACACCAACAGGUUACCAAAUUAACCCAGUACAUAAAAUCCCUGACUCAAUUUCAAGAGGCCGUCCGGAGUUUGCCUGCCUAAGUGACACUUGCAACAACCAACAACCGUUUUACCCCACAGGAUCAGCAGUCCUCAUUAAAAUCUGGAGAGAUGGGUCUUUUGGAUCGCAACUAACCUCUUCACAAAAGAACCCCUUUACUGUCAUACUUUCUACUCCAAUAGCUAUCAAAGUUUCUGGCAUCUCUAGUUGGAUAAAUCACUUUUGAAUAAAACUCUGGAAAGACUUUAAGGAACCAAAUGUGGAACCAGAACUCAGCUACUGUUGUGAGCCACUGGAGGACUUAAAAUUUCUCUUUGAAUGAGAAGAUAAGUAAUGUUCUCCCUCUUUUUACCUUAAAGUAGGGUAAUCCCAAUAUUGGCAAUCUCAUUUACAGGGGCACUGUUUAUUCUUUCUUUAACCCUAUCUUGUACAGCACCAGGAGUUCCAAUAAGAGCUUGCUUUAUCUAAUAUCAAUUUUUUAGCCUAAUGAUUUAUUUUACUUUUGGUUGCUUUAGUGCAUCAGCAAUGUUAGUAAUAUUUUGAUGUUUAUAUUACAAGUCAUAAUACUCUGCAGAUUUACUAAUAUGCCUUUGUUACCGUAAACCAACACCCCCUCCAGGGAAGAGUUAACUGUGACCCUCCUCAAUUUAAACCUCAAAGCCAUAAUCUGAA